AUGCGGUAUAACCGUUUGCUUACCAUAGCUGGUGCCACAGGCCUAGUGCUGGCAGCACCAAGUCCAUCCCUAUCCAAAAGGGCAUCUUCCUUUGUUUGUAUGAAGUCUGACAAUCGUGGUGUAGCCAGACAUCUGACCAAGCCGUGGAUAGGGUUCGGCGCAAACGAAGCUGGCGCAGAGUUUGGGAGUGGGAACAUUCCAGGAGAACUGGGCACUGAUUAUAUAUGGCCAUCUACCACAACCAUUCACACUCUGCAGAGUGCAGGGAUGAACAUAUUCCGCAUUCCCUUCGCCAUGGAGCGGUUGGUCCCGGGAACUCUGACGUCAAAUGCGGAUGCGACCUACCUAGCUUCAUUGAAAAGUACUGUCAACUAUAUCACAUCUAACGGUGGAUAUGCGGUUGUUGAUCCUCACAACUUUGGACGAUAUUAUGGCAAUAUAAUCACCUCUACUAGUGAGUUUGCAGCCUUUUGGACACUCCUUGCAUCGGAAUUCGCGUCGAAUGACAAGGUUAUCUUCGAUACAAACAAUGAAUUCAAUUCAGAAGACCAAACUCUCGUGCUGAACCUGAACCAAGCUGCUAUCAAUGCUAUCCGAGCUGCAGGAGCAAAAUCCCAGUAUAUUUUUGUGGAGGGCAACUCGUGGAGUGGCGCGUGGACAUGGACAACUGUCAAUGACAAUAUGAAAGCCUUGACAGAUCCACAGAACUUGAUCAUUUACGAGAUGCACCAGUACCUUGACUCUGACGGUUCGGGGACAUCAGAGACCUGUGUUAGCUCAACCAUUGGGCAAGAACGAGUUGCGGCUGCCACACAGUGGCUCAAGGACAAUGGCAAGAAGGCCUUCUUAGGAGAAUUUGCCGGGGGUGCCAAUUCUGUCUGUCAAAGUGCAGUGACAGGUAUGCUCGAUUACCUGCAAGCGAAUAGCGAUGUCUGGCUUGGCGCGUCCUGGUGGUCCGCCGGACCAUGGUGGGGAGACUACAUGUACAGCUUCGAGCCUCCUUCUGGUAUAGGCUACACUUACUACAUGAGCCUGCUCAGUAAUUAUUUCCCCGGCUCGAAUGGCUCAGGUGGAACAACCACCGCAGGCACUACCACCACUUCCACAACCACCACCACUACUACCAAGACCACUACCACGACUGGAUCAAACACUGGCGCUGCUCACUAUGCGCAGUGUGGUGGGAAUAACUGGACUGGUGCAACCACCUGUGCCAGCCCUUACACUUGCCAGAAACAGAGUGACUACUACUCGCAGUGCCUGUAG